AUGGCACACGCACACGCUGACCACGAGCAAGGACACAGUCACCAUGAGGCCGAUGAUAUUGGAGGCCGGAACAAGGCUCAUUUUGACAAGCUGAGUGUGGAUCUCUGGAACAUACCGUGGAUCAAAGCCCUUGGGGGGCAGAUCACGCAAGAACUCAAGAAGGAUGCCGAAACAGGGAGUCUGAAUACCAAACCUAGCAGCGAAAGCACGCGGACAUACCGUAUGCUCGACUACGCAUGUGGCAAUGGCGUGAUAUCGAGGGCGCUGGCUUUGUGUUUCGAUGAUAUUCAAGGUCUAGAUAUCUCACCAGAGAUGGUAGACCAGUAUAACAAGCUCGCGGAGACAUCAGGCCUGUCCGACCGGAUGCGCGCCACUGUUGGCGACCUCAUCAACGGUUCCGACCAGCUGAACGCCCUCGAGUACUCUGGCUUUGACCUCAUCGUCAUGAGCAUGGCGUUGCAUCACGUCGAGGACCCAGUCUUGAUGAUCCGCCGGCUCUCUGAGCGUUUGGCCAAGGGUGGUGUCUUGUUGAUCAUCGACUGGGUGAGCCCUGCCGAGAGUGGUUGCCGUGCGUUCAUGGGGAUGCACGACCAUCCCACAAGCCACAUUGUCUCGCGUAUGGGGUUUGAGAGGAGAGAACUGGACGCUUGGUUUGCAGACGCGGGCUUGCAGUCUUUCACAUGGCGAUGGGCAGCGGAUAGAUCAUCUGCGCCAGUAGAGCACGGCGGGGAUAAGCAGAUGUUCUUCGCCAGGGCGACAAGGCCGCUGUGA